CUGCCACCAUCCUGUGUGUAGUCACGACGACAGAAUUCUCUUUACAGCUGAUCCAUCAUGACAGAAAAUACUCAACCUGGCGGGGGUGCAACUGCCAAUGGUGAUCGCCCGGCUGCCUUAGCAGAAUAUAACAAGCAACGGCAAAAUCUCAAAGAACUUCUCACGAAACGAAAACAGCAAGACCGUCAAUUGGCACAACUUGAACAAAAUAUAGUCGAUCUCGAAGCAAAGUACCUGAGCAAUACGCGCUUCGGCAAUAUCGUCAAAGGUUUCGACAAUUACAUCAAGGGCACCAGUUCCGCCGCGCAACGCAAGCAAGGCGAAUUGAAAGAAGAGGAUUAUAUAUGGUCGCGAUCGUCAAUAUCGCAUAACAGUCUGCACCCUGACAAUGUCGACGUACUCUCUGCAAUUUCCACUCCGGCUGCACCGACCCCAAUCUCCACGACCUUCGGCGGCGGCACCCGAGACAGUGGAUCGGGUCAACCGACGCCUACUUCAGCAACUGAGAAAUCAUCAAAUAAGGGCAGUAAGCAUCCAAAGAAGCGACCCCAUGUCCGGAAGGGUGGUGAUCUGGAUGGAGACGAUAGCGAGAACGAGUCAAGGGACGGAAAGAAGAUACGUACGCAUUUCGGGGCCGCACGGAAAUAACAGGCGCCAUGACUGCUACUGCGUCCUUCCGCCUGCUCUUCUUCUCGCCUACGACCCUGACGCCCCUGCGGACAUCGGAGUGUGCGGUCUCUGCGCCCUGCGAGAGAUGCAGCAUAGACUUCAAACACGCCUCGACAAUCACUUUCACAAUUUCAAUUAGGAGUAAGCUCGGGGUUUAUGGCGUCGGAUACAUUCGGGAAUUUUCAUGGUUAGGGAACAUUUCUGCUUUGAUUUCUUCAGAGGGUUUCACGCAUUCAAGUUCUCACGUCUGUUCCUUAAAAGAUACCCGACCGUCUGGAUGAUGGACAACUACGUCCUUAGCGAGAUAGCAUAACCUUAGCGAGAUAGCAUAACGGCCGAGAUGGCACAAUGGUGUUAUGCCUCGUUUCUACAUUUGCAGUUUUCAUGUACUUAGGUACUUUCACAAUGGGAUUUCAUAACGCAUUAUUGAUUUUUAUGAAUUAUGUAGGUACUACAUACAUGUAUGCAUUUAAGUGCCUUUUUCUUUUUUAAUAUGCGGGGAGCCAGCGGGGGAGUGGCCAACCAACCCCAUUAACCUUGGA